AUGAGCGACCGAGCUGUGAUGGCAGCGCAGGCCUUCCCUCCGGGCAUGUCACGCCUCGAGCGUCUCCCUGACGAGCUGAAGCUGAGGGUCGGAUACUACCUGAUGGUCCCUGGUGCAGCCAAAACCGCAGGAGCGCAACAGUUGCUUGCCGCAUUGGGCGACGACAUCCACCGCUUCUCUGAAUUGCGUCGACGGCGACAAGCAGACAUCAAUGACAUCUUUGUUUCCUGGGACGUCUUGAAUGGUUACGAACAGCUCAGUCUCAAGCUCCGUUCCAAUGGUCUCAGGUAUGACGAUUCAAUGCUCGCGCUUGCCUCCACAAGCACCAGACUUUGCAAUGUCUUUCUCGCCGAGCACUCCAAGAAGUACGGUCCUCAAAACACCCUUUACAGAAGCAUUGAGCUGGGAAACGUCAACCUGGUGCGAUGCGCAGUCGAAUGCGGCGCCGACAUCAACAAGACAGGCACCAAGGUACCGUGGAAAACCACUGCGUUGCAGCUUGCAGUCCAGUCAGAGCAGCUUCCCGUUAUUCUCUACCUCCUCCGACGCGGAGCUGACAAGGCCGACGAGCUGGUCAUGCAUGUCUUGGGCGGCAGAGACUAUUACGGAAGAAUUAACGCAGAAGACGAUUACCUGAUGUGGGGCCCGGCCAGCUUGAGGAACCACUGCCGUUGCAAACUCCUCCACGCUCUGACGGACGCCACCUUGGGCAGCAGCCAGGCAUCCUACAUGAGCCACACGGGGCCUCGCCUGCCACGCGUGACCCUGGAGGCACUCGCCCCGAAUGGCCGCCACCUUUGGUUCAUCCUUCGCACGUGCAUGAGGCGCCCCUGGGGGUGCAACUGGAAAUGCGACUGCGGCGACCAAGGCGACAGAGACUGCGCCAUGCGCCUCAUCAGCCUCCUCCGGCGGCACGGGGCGAAUUGGAUGGCGUGCGGACCCAUUGAUGACACGCUCCAGGAGAACGCUCUUACGUUCUUUCUCGACGACGAUUGGGCUGGAUGGGAGCGGAUGUACGAUCGUCCUCAUGUCCGCGGACUUGACUGCGGGCUCGCCGAUCUGCGCCGAUUCAGAGCCCCUUCUCCCCUUGUCGACGAUUCCAUCUUCGUCAAACCCUCCGUAGCCGGUGCCAUGCACGACACACUGCUGGAAAACGCUGCCUACAGGCGAGAUCACUGCCUCCCCUUCCUCGUCGCCAUGCUGGAGCACGGCGUCACCGCCGAGCAGGGCGACCUCUCGCACGCAAUGGACCUCGCAAGCACACCAGACACCAAACAACUCUCCAUCGCCAUCGUGGUCGCCCUCCUCCGCGCCGGCACCGACGCCAACGAGCCCGGCUCCAUGAAGACGGCCAUGCGCCUCGCGUGCAUGGAGGCCACCAAGGACGCCGCCGUGGCGUUCGUCACCCUGCUCCUCGAGCACGGCGCCGACCCAGGCACGGACGAGCUGCGGGACGAGAUCCAGGGCGCGGCGGAGAAGUGGUGGAUCCAGUCGAACUGGCAGUCAUCGGGGGUGUUCUGCCGGAUCUUGCGUCUUCUCGUGAAGGGCGGUCUCGAUGAGCACGUCGCUUGGGAGGUAUUCGCUGUCUUGGGCCUGGAUCAUGGUCUGGUGGCUGAGGGUGGUGGUGGCUCGACCAAGGUGUGA